ACUAAAAUUUAAAGUAACAUAAAUUCUUAUUAACAUUCAAGUCAUGGUGAUAUUGAAGUACAUUUUUGUAAUGAUGUCGAACUUUACAUUUUUCCAUGCGCAAAGGUGAACCUUUUCUUGCUUUCAUCAAUAGCCCUCUUCAUCAUUGAUCCAGACCACAAGCACAAACCUCGCGCUAAUAAUAACACACCACUGUCACUCAAUUUUAUCUGGUCUAAGAUUCAUCUCUGAAACAGAGAAAUCUCGGAAAGAUUCUUGACGAGUUUUGACAACAAUCAAUCUUGAGUCUGUGUGGAAAGAUCUAAUUUUUCUUGGAAAAAAUGGCAAGUAUCUCCGUCCAAGCGUGUCUGCCAAAGAUGCCAACCAAAAUAGAUGAAACCAAAUGAUUAAUGUUUGCAAAGGCUCCCAAGAAUCUACCACCAGCAGCCAAGCAGGCAAAAAUUCUGGACUGGUUUCGAACCUCGAUGGGAGUUUAUUCUUUCAAAGAGCUUGAGAAACUACUUCCCUCCGUUGGAUCGAUUAACGGCAUGCUAGUGAAAGAGUACAUCCAAGCACUUACCGACGAGAACCUGAUCCGUGUUGAGAAGAUUGGCAGUGGUAAUUGGUAUUGGUCAUUUACCUCGGAUGCCAAGAAGAGCAAGGAAAAUAUGAUCAACAAGUUGAAGGAGGAGGAAAAUAAAUUGUUGGCUUCCAUGAAGGAUGCUGAACAGCAAAUCGAGAAGGAAAUGAUGAAACGUCAAGAGGACGAUGAAAUGCUCCUGGACGGUGGAUCGGACAGACACACUUUGAUGGAUGUUUACGAGACUCUUGUGAAGGAGAACGAUACUCUUGAUAAGGAAUUGGCACUCUACAGUGAUAACGACCCUACUGAGGUCCUGAGAAAAGUGGAGGAAACCAACAAACUCAGGGAGAGCACUUUAAGAUGGACCGACAACCUUGAGUCACUAGAAUCCUUCCUUGUCAGUUUGACCGGAGACCGAGCUCAAGCUAGAGAAAUCAUGUCCCGAGCAUGUGGUGAUGACUAUGUUGUUGGGGAAGGGUUGAAGGAACUGGUGGCCCCAAAUUAGUGGAUACAUCUUGGCUCUCCUCUUGCAACGAAGAGAAUCUCGGAUCAUCGGAAAGUGAUAUGAUAAGGAUGGUAUUACUGGUUUGCGAUUAUCGUUACUCGGCCUGGUCGGUCUAACCGGUCUGGCCGGUAUAGCUUCAUGGUUCGCUGUCACCAGCUUCUCGCAGAUAUGAUAUUGAGGACA